AUGCAAGUGAAGGAAAUAUUCUAUGUUGCAAACAUCAUUGACUACGGCCGAAUCCUGACGCUGUACUGGGCAGUUCGGGCCCCUGAUGGAGCCACAUUUGCGCUUUACUAUUCCGUCAGCUACCUCCUGGACUGUAUAGACGGCUAUGCAGCACGCGCCCUCAACCAGGAGUCUCGCUUAGGCUACUACUUAGACAUGGUAAUUGACCGUGUCUCUUCGUGCUUGUGCCUGCACUUUGCCGCCAAGUCCGUUCUCGAAGGUCGGACAUGCUUUGGAGCCAGCGCGGCCCCCAUUGUCGCAGCCAUUCUUCGAAGCCUCAUCGUGUUGGUGGAAAUUGUGGCUCACGUAUCUGUCAUGUUCCUCUCAGAAGUUCUUGGCGUUCACCAAAAGCAGAUGGGGUAUGAUUACACCAUCGUGCGGAAAUACUUGAGCGACAAGAGGUACUUGUUCUGGUCCUGCCUCAGCUUCGAGCUGUUUGGGCUCAGCCUGAUCGUCAACGCGACCCCGGUGGUUCUCAUCAGCCUGCCCGGCUUCAUCUUCCGUGCAGCGGCCAACAUCUGCCGGUUAAUAUCCAUUCUGACGAGAAAGGAGUCCAGGAGAUGGACGGAAGAGGAGGACGACCGGCAAUCGUCUCGAGAAAAAGUGCGACGAGGGUCUUCCGACAGGCUUGGCAACCACCGUGCAGCUAGCCCGGAGGGCGCACAGGUCGUCCGCAGAAAGCGCAGCAACGAGAGCACACAGGCUGCAGAGCAGGAGCCUGCGGAGCCUGCGCAAUGA